UCGCGUCUUACGUCGGCUUCUUCAUCCUCAUGGUCCAAAUGUUGGACUCGUAUUUCAAACACGGGACGGUUACUGACGUCACACUGAAGUUCGUGCCUCAGGUCAGGUUCCCUGCCGUCACCAUCUGUAACUUAAACAAUUUUGAAGACAACCUGCUAACGGUUGAGGAGAAGCAUUACCUGUCCUACAUCCUGUACGGUGUCCAGGAGGACCUGGAUGUUAUUGCAGGUGUCCCAGUGAACAACAAGGUUACUAACGGCACAACGCCUAACGGCACAACGGCUACCCCACAAACAGAACCUCCACACACGCAUGGGUCGUUUACGGUGGACAGUAUCACCAGAGAGAAGGGGUUCUCACUGAAGGACAUGCACAUGUGCACUUGGAUGGGGAAAACCUGCACCGAACUGGAUUUCACCCACUCCUUCGGCACGUACGGAAACUGCUACACGUUCAACGCGGACCCCGUCGACCCGAUCAACCAGACCAUCGCCGGGUCCGGAAACGGCCUCUCCGUCAUGAUCGACAUCAAGUCGCACCUGUACACAGAGAACCCGCUGUUGCCCGGUGGUACCGCUGACGUAGGGAUGAAGCUGCUCGUGCACGAUCAGAGCGAGCCGCCGAAGAUGGACACCCAGGGCAUCGCCGUGGCGCCGGGCAGUCAUGCCUACAUCGCCAUCAGACAGAUACAGUACGAGAACCACGUCCCUCCGUGGGGAGAGUGCGAGGACCUACAGCUGGAGUAUUACGAUACCUACACGCUGACGGGCUGUCAGCUGGAGUGUAGGAGUAAAUACGUGGUCCACAACUGCACCUGCAGACCCAUCUACCUGCCAGGUGAUGCGCCGUACUGUGAACCGGUUUAUGUCGCCAAGUGUGUAUGGCCCGUAGAGGCCGCGGUGACAUCAGGAGCGCUACCUUGCGACUGUCCUGUUCCCUGCAACCUGAUGACCUACCGAACGUCGAGCUCCUACGCCAAAUGGCCAAACAGCAAAGCCGACCUGGUCUACACCGCCGCGUUUGGCCUGAGCCCAGGCUACAUGGCGGAAAACUCUGUCGUAUUUGAUGUUUACUAUGAUGAGCUGAACUACGAAGUUAUCUCCCAGCUGAAAGCGAUGAGCGAUGGAGAACUGGCCAGUGACCUCGGCGGUCAGAUGGGCCUGUUUAUUGGAGCCAGCAUCCUGACUCUGCUGGAGAUAUUUGAGUACCUGGGUCUCCGUCUCUGGGCCUUCAUUCAGAAACGGAAAAAGAGAACACAAAAAGUACACGUGUCAACGUCCAACACUCUAAAAGUCAACCAGGCAGCGAAGGAGAAUGAGAACAAGAACAAGGAGAAAUCUUUUAUCAGUCUUAGAGAUUAGAAUUAAUUGUGGGCUGUAAAAUGAUUUGUUUCAGACAUGUUUCAUCAAUGAAUGUUUUGCCAGUUGGUAAGUCACUGAAUAACGACAUUUUUGUAAAAAUUCAAGUAUUUUAUUCAACCAAAAAUUAUUCACAUUUGGGACCGCAUCUGUAAGCAGCGAUACCUAGUGCUGCAGUGCUGCAGUGCAGCAUGCAGUCAGAGCUGACCCGAGGAAAUUGACAGACGGUCACCGAAACUUGAGGUACAUAGAACACUCGGUUUUUACGAAGUAUGUUGUUUUGAAUUUGAAAAAAAAGGAACUUUGCUGCAGGAUACCAGUUCUCAUAAACGGCUACAGCUUUACUUCUCAUCGUGUGUCUCUCGUCACUCUUGGAACCGCCAUCUUGAAUUUGGGGGUCAAGCGAUAUAACGUUAUGUAUAAUAUGUGGCACACAUUAAAGUGCUUAUCAGUUACCAACGACACUAAACAACGACAGUUCCCGAUAGCAUUCAACCAUCAUAAGUGAUAGUCAAUAAACAAAUCCGUUCCAUGUAGAUGAAAACAGUGUAUAAUUUAAUAUGGUUUCAUUAUGGUCGUUUUUUGCGAGUGAAAGUGCCAGUUUCCAAACUGCAUUUUGCAGAAAUUGAUUUGAUUACUUGAAAGUCUGAUUUUAAAACCUCUUGUCAAUCAGCAUUAGAAUGGUUUGUGUUUUUGUUUUGUCAUAUGUAUUUGAAUGUUGGUGGUAUCCAUUUAAAAAGAUAUGAGAUAUAAAGACUAUUUACAUGGUGAGCACAAACAGCUAGAACUCGUCUUUUCAAAGAAUUUUUUCUGUAAACAAAUGUAAGUAGUAAAUGUAAAUUUGAUGUUGCUUUUUGUUUCAUUUUUGACAUUAAAUUUAAUAAGUGUAU